AUGCAUUUAAAUUUAGUGAGUAGUUUUAUUCAACUUGAGAAAGAAAUCACUUUUCUCGAUCAUGAUCAACAGAUUCCAGUUACCUAUCAUAACUUUAUCAUAGUAAAUAAAAAAUUUAAAAAUACAGGUUUAACGAUAACAUUAUUCGAAUACUUCUAUCGUGGAAUGCAAGAACGAAAGCAACGACAACCACAAUUGUCUUUACUCACCUACUAUGUCACAGCAACACCAUCUAUCAUCUAUCAAACAGAUAAAGUAUUCUUAAAUAUGGUUCCGUCAAUCAACAAUUAUAAUCGUAUGAUAUUUACUGAUCAAGAAUGGCAUAUAGCUAAUGAACUUCGAAAAUUGAGAAAUUGGCCCACAGGUGUGAAAUCUUCGAACGUUAAUCCAUUUGUUUUAAAAGGUAUCAUGAAAUCACAUUAUACGACACAUGAACAAAUGAGAAUUGACAAGAUUGGGAAGAAGACCAAUUAUAAAAUUUUUCAAGAUUUAGGUAUUGAUGAAAGUAAUGGAGAUCAAUUGUUAAGAUUUGCUUUUGUUUAA